ACUCAAGAAAAAUUUUCUCUAUUCAAUCUAAUCAAACACAGGCCCUUCCCCAGUUGGAACGCUUUUUCUUUUUCUCUUUAACCUUUCUUUUCAAUACUUGACAUUAAUUCAUACAAAAUGGAACGUACAUAUAUUAUGGUUAAGCCUGAUGGCGUUGAACGUGGCCUUGUCGGUGAAAUUAUCAAGCGUUUUGAGCAACGUGGUUAUCAACUUACUGCUCUCGAACUCAUGCAUCCCACACGUGAAAUUCUUGAAGAACAUUAUGGCGACUUGAAGUCCAAGCCUUUCUUCCCUUCAUUACUCGAUUAUAUGACCUCUGGUCCCGUUGUCGGUAUGGUCUGGACUGGUAAGGAUAUUGUCAAGAUUGGUCGUAAGAUGCUUGGUGAAACCAACCCUUUGGCUUCUGCUCCCGGUACUAUCCGUGGUGAUUUUUGUAUCGAGGUUGGUCGUAACAUCUGUCACGGCUCUGAUUCUGUCGAAAACGCUGAAAAGGAAAUCGCUUUAUGGUUCCCUCGCGGUGUCAAAACUGUAGCUCGUGAUCAUACCAUCCACUCUUUGAUCUACGAAAACUAAGUAAAACAUGGAGAACGAAGAUACAAAAGUAUUAAGUUGAUAGCGUAGUAAUUCCAACCAAAAAAGAAAAAAAUAAUAUUAGCCCCGUCUGUAUAGUACAAGAAAGGCACACACUCAUUAAGUAGAUUAAAGAGGAAGAUCAUCUUUAUCUUUUGUUUCCUCAACGGA